AUGGAGGAGACUGUAAUAGAUAAGGCAUUGGACCUGGGAACCACCUACUUUAGGAAUGAAAGUUACGAGAAGGCAAAGGAGUUGUUCCGUAAGGCAUUGGACUUGGCAAGGUCGUACGACGAAAAGGAGUUGAUUAUGCUACGUGAAAGGCAGGGAUUGGCAAGAUACACCGUUCCUGAGCCCAAUAAGCAUUGCAAGGUUUACCAUCCUAUGUAUGUGCGGCUGCUGGACAAUCUAGCUGCGACAUAUGAGAAAUUAAACGAUUUGAAGAGAGCACUCAAGUGUGCUCAGCUGAUGGUUGAUGCCGACCCAUACAAUCUGAAAUGUUAUAUUAGACUUGGCAAGAUACUGCAGAAGCAAUCGAAGGAUAAAGAGGCAUACAACGUCUAUGUUCAGGGGCUGAGGAAAGCUAGAGAAGCUCACGAAAGAUUUGCCUGGCAAAUCUCCAAGAGACUUGUAGAUAUAGCUCAGCAACAGAAGAAUAACGUCAAGACAAGAUUAGAUCCUCGGAAGGCAGGCGAGAAGUUACAGUCGUCGGAGAAAAAGCAUCUAAUUGACCCCAUCGAGGAACGGAAACAGCAUGUCAAAAGAUCCCGAACGGGAACGCCAGAAGUUGCCAGUCUAACCGGUAGUCGAAAUGAUCUUUUAUACAUGAUGCCUCCCGAGCUAUAUCCCAUUAUUUUCGAUGGUUUUACUGCAAAAGAGCUAUUUCGAGUGACAUUAGUGUGCAAAUCGUGGAGAAAAAGCUUGCUAGAGUUCCCACAAUUGUUCCAAAGGUUUCUACUGAAUUCAUGUUCCUACCAGCAGCUCACUACUUGUUGUAAUUUCAUGCUUCGCCUGUACAAGAUCUUGGAACAACCGUCGAUGGGAGGUUCCUUGGAAACGUUCAAGUUUUCGCCAAAGUACGCCAAAGAAGAACUUAAGUCUGUGGAAGCUAUUUUCUCCAGGUUAUCGAAUUUCCGCUUCCAAAGACUCAUCCUGUCGGUACCGAAUUGUACGACAUCUCAUUUAGCCCAACUGAUGCGUUCGAAUACCGACAUUUGCAGGGAGCUGAAAGAUCUCUCAUUGGUCUUAAGUUUCAGAGCAGGUAAACCUUACGAGAUAGAGAUGUUGUCACAGUGUAAGAACCUAAGGCGACUGGAAGUUCUGGUUGAUAGCUCUGUGGUUCCCGUUGAUAGUGGACUGCAGAGAUCUACAAGCUUCAUUGAACCUCGAAUGCUCCCGACUUGGGCUGAGAACCUUGAGUCCUUCAGCUUGACAUGCGACCAAAGCAAGGUUCGGGGAUUUCCCUUUUUAACACUUGUGACGCAUUUUCCCGCCAACCAGUUAUCCAGGUUGUCGAUUACUGGUGUUACAUUUUCGUCAGAAGCAAAUCAGUUCGAUUGGUUAGCAAAUUUUGGUCAUCUUAGGGAAAUAUGGUUUGAAAAUAAUAAGGGCGCAAGCCUAAUGGUUUUUAUGCGGGUUCUGCGAGACUAUCCUUUAAGUAGAAGGCUGGAAAAGUUGACUUUUAGAGAGGACUGUAUUUCUCGAAGAACUGAUCUGGAGGAGACAUCAGAUGGCUAUUUUUACCGUGAUAACCUGCAACACUUACGAGAAGUAGAUCUAAUGGGUUCUUCCAUAAGCGGCUUAGGCAUAUCAAGACUAUUAUCCCAUUUGCAACCUAACAACAUUAGAAUCUUCAACCUUGGAGAUUGUCCCUUUAUCAAGCUGCAGCGAACCCAGAGUUCAACUGAUUGCUGUGUGCUAUCGCCAUAUCAUUUUCUAAUAUCUGUCCCAUAUCUUGAGUCCUUACUAUUACCUCAGUUGGGUGCCUUGAACGAUGACACUAUGAAGCUUUUCACUGAAGAAGUUGGCAACUUAGAGAACUUAAAGAACUUAGACUUAUCGCUAAAUCCAUCAAUAACGGGAGUAUCAUUAUUCGAGUUCCUGACGGCCCUCAAGGAGAUAAGGUCCGCUCCCUUAGAGUAUUUGAACAUCGACGGAUGUCCCUCCAUCUCCCAUAUAACCGUUAAGCUGCUGGAAAACAAAUCGCUUGUCCAAAAAGUUGACUGCAUUUUUGAAAGAGAAACCUGGAGACGAUUUGGCGUCAACUCUCUAAAAUACAAGUCGUAA